AUGGUCGCCGACAUCAAAGUUGCCAUUGACCGCGGCGGCACAUUUUGCGACGUCAUUGCAGAUAUUGACGGCCGUGAACCUUUGAUCUUCAAGUUACUAUCCGAAGAUCCCGCAAACUACCCUGAUGCACCAACAGAGGCCAUCCGCCGCAUUCUUGAGGUCGCUGAAGGGAAAUCCAUCCCCGUUGGAGAGAAGCUUGACGGCUCUCGCAUUGCCUCAUGCCGUAUCGGCACAACAGUCGCCACAAAUGCUCUCCUCGAACACAAGGGCGAGCGCUUCGCAUUUCUCACCACAAAGGGCUUCAAGGACGUCUGUGUCAUUGGCGAUCAAUCUCGCCCCAAGCUGUUCGAUUUGAGUAUCCGGAAAGCCACCGCCUUGCACUCAUCCGUGGUCGAGGUUGAUGAGCGCAUCGUCCCUGCGGACUAUGACCUCAACCCCGAGCCUCUCGACAAGACCAGCCUUGCUUCAUCUUCAGACGCAGGCGAAGAUGGCCUCGUCCGUACGGCAAGCGGCGAGUUCGUCCGCGUCCUUCGCCGCCCAGACUCGGACGCUGUUCGCGCGCAGCUCCGGGCUCUGCGGGACGAAGGAUACACUUCUCUUGCAAUCUGCUUCAUGCAUUCCUACCUCUACCCAGCCCACGAAGAUCUCGUAGCCUCCAUCGCACGCGAGCCCGAGCUAGGCUUCGACUUUGUCACGACCUCUGCCGCGACCUCUCCUACCAUCAAGUUCCUCAACCGCAGUACUUCGACCUGCUCCGAGGCGUAUCUCUACCCCGUGAUCCAACGCUACGUGCAAUCCUUCACGUCCGGCUUCCGCCUCCCCCCGCAAAGGGUAGACUUUAUGUGCUCAGACGGCGGCCUGAAAGCAGCGACGAAAUUCCGAGGAAACGAGGCUCUCCUCAGCGGUCCCGCGGGCGGCGUCGUGGGCAUCGCGCGCUCUUGUUAUGACUCAGAUGACGGAACGCCCGUCAUCGGCUUCGAUAUGGGCGGCACCAGCACCGACGUCUCACGAUACGACGGGAAAUACGACUACCUCACCGAGACCUCCAUCGCGGGACGCACAAUCACGGUACCGAUGCUGAACAUCGCCACCGUAGCAGCAGGCGGCGGCUCCAUCCUCUUCGCGCGCAACGGACUACUAGCCGUUGGCCCCGAGAGUGCGGGAGCGCACCCCGGCCCAGCAUGUUACCGAAAAGGAGGGCCCUUGACCGUGACCGACGCCAACCUCUUUCUAGGACGUCUCGUUCUCUCGUCUUUUCCCUCCAUCUUUGGCGAGAACGCCGACUCGCCGCUGGAUACGGCCGUUGUGGAAGCCAAGUUUGCAGAAAUCACAGACGACUUUAACCAGCAGACGAAGCAAUCCCUCACCCCUCAAGAAGUAGCUCUCGGAUUCCUCAACGUCGCGAAUGAAACCAUGUCCCGACCGAUCCGCAACGCAACGGAAGCCCGCGGCUUCGCGCCGGAGAAUCACCACCUCGUCAGCUUCGGUGGCGCCGGCGGCCAGCACGCAUGCGACAUUGCAGACCGUCUCGGUAUCCGCCGCAUCCUUAUCCAUAAGUUCUCGUCCCUAUUGUCGGCCUACGGCAUCGCGCAGGCGGAGCUGCAGCACGAGACCCUCGAGCCAUACGGCAGCAAGCUCGACGAGGCUGCCAAGUCGCAUGUGGCGGAUCGUCUCGCGGCCCUCAAAUCGCGGGUCUCUGAGGAGUUGCUUUCCCAGGGCGCCGAUGCAGAUUCCCUCGUAUUCGACGAGAGCCUGGUGCUGCGGUACUUCGGCACCGACACCAACCUUACCAUUUCUAAGCCCGAGGACGGCGACUACGGGGCAAUGUUCGCGGCGACGCACAUUCGCGAGUUUGCAUUCUCCAUGAACCGGGAUAUCGUGAUCGAGUCGGUCAAGGUCCGCGGCACAGGCAGUGCAGGCGCAAAGACACAGGAGACGUCGGCUUUGAAAGAGCUGUCCGCCAACGGUCACAUCGCAGCCCCUGAACCGCGAGAGAAGCAAAAGGUAUACGUCGACGGCGCAUGGCACUCGAGCGGCGUGUACCAUCUCGACGAGACCCCCAAGGGCGUCGCCAUCACCGGCCCAGCCCUAUUGAUCGACCAGACGCAAACAAUCUUCGUAUCCCCGACCUUCCGCGCGCACAUCCUCUCCUCGCACGUCCUCCUCGAGAAGCUUUCCCUCCCCUCCGCGUCCUCCACCCUUUCAACUCCCGAAACCUCAGCAGCAGUCGACCCGAUCCAACUCUCCGUCUUUGCCCACCGUUUCAUGGCCAUCGCCGAACAAAUGGGCACAACCCUCCAACGCACCUCCAUCUCGACGUCGAUCAAAGAGCGCCUAGACUUCUCCUGCGCAAUCUUCUCCCCGCAGGGCAAACUCGUCGCCAACGCGCCUCACAUCCCGAUCCACCUCGGCUCGAUGCAGUUCGCAAUCCAGGCGCAGCACCGACUCUGGCAAGGCAAGCUCCAGCCCGGCGACGUGCUCCUCACGAACCACCCGCAAUGGGGCGGCACUCACCUGCCGGACCUGACGGUCGUCACGCCCGUCUUCGUCGACACGGACACGGACGCGGACACGGACGCGGAGUCGGGAACCCAAGAAAUCGCAUUCUACGUCGCCUCCCGCGGCCACCACACCGACAUUGGCGGCAAGGGCAUCACGAGCAUGAUGCCCGAGUCCCGCGAGCUCUGGGAAGAAGGGCUCAACGUGCCGUCGAUGAAGAUCGUCUCGGCGGGGUCCUUCCUCGAAACGGAGGUCCUCGCCGCGUUCGAAAAGGCCGGGAGCUACCCGGGUUGCAGCACGUCCCGGCGUCUCGCGGACAACAUCUCGGACCUCAAGGCGCAGACGUCGGCGAACCAGCGCGGCAUCAUCCUCCUCCGCAGGCUCUGCGCCGAGGCCGGGGGGCUGGCCGUGGUGCACAAGUACAUGAAGGCGAUCCAGUCCAACGCCGAGGUCGCCGUGCGCGGCUUCUUCAAGUCCGUCGCCGCCGCCGUUGCCGCCGCCGACGCGGGGCACCGGGAUCGACCGCCGCUCGAGGCGACGGAUUACCUCGAUGACGGCACGCCGAUGCGCGUGCGCAUAUCCAUCGACGAGCACACGGGCUCCGCCGUCUACGACUUCUCCGGCUCCGGCCCGCAGAUGUGGGGCAACUACAACUGCCCCAUCAGCAUUUGCCACUCCGCCAUCAUCUACACCAUCCGCUGCCUCGUCGACAUCGACAUACCGCUGAACGAGGGCUGCCUCGGCCCCGUCGAGAUCCGCGUGCCCGAGGGGUCCGUGCUGAACCCGGGGCCCCGCGCCGCCAUCUGCGGGAGCACGCUGGCGAGCCAGCGCGUCAUCGACGUCAUACUCCGCGCGUUCGGGCGGUACGGCGCGAGCCAGGGGUGCGCGAAUAGUUUCGGGUGGGGGAUGGGCGGGAGGGAUCCGCAGACGGGUGUCGUGAAGAAAGGGUGGAACUACGGCGAGAGCAUCGGCGGCGGCGUCGGCGCCGGUGACGGGUACGAAGGGGAGCAUUCUACGCACGUGCACUCCACGAACACGCGGCAGACGGAUGCCGAGGUCAUUGAGAAGCGCACUGCGGUUCUCGUGCGGAGGUACGAGAUCCGCAAGGGUUCCGGCGGCAGUGGUAGGUGGCGGGGUGGCGAUGGCAUCACGAGGGAGAUCGAGGCGCGGAUCCCGCUCAAGUUUAGCAUCCUCAGCGACCGACGCGUGUAUAGGCCGUGGGGUAUGGCGGGGGGUUCGCCCGGUUCCAAGGGCGAGAAUUAUGCGUUCCUGUUCAAUGAAGAGGGCGGCAUGGAGAGGAUUAACCUUGGCGGCAAGGCGAUUAUAAACUUGAAGGAGGGGGAGUAUGUGCAGGUCAACACGCCUGGCGGUGGAGGAUACGGGGGUGAGGAGGUGGAGGAUAGACAUAGAGGGUAUGUGUGA